AUGGAUGAGUUAUAUGAUCAAGAGAUAUGGAUUUCCUUAAUCCUUAUGUGUCCUAUAUCGACAACUGGUGAUCUUCAAAAUAAAUUUCCGUAUCUCGACCAAGUGAUAAAGGAGUUAAUGAGAUUCUACCCUUCAUCCCCUUUUAUUGCAAGAGAAGCAUCAAAACAAGUGGAGAUAGGAGGAUAUGUCCUUCCACGGGGUACAUGGAUCUGGUUCUCACCUAGGAUCCUAACCAAAGGCCCUAAGAAUUUUCCAGAACCAGACAAGUUUCGUCCAGAGAGAUUUGACCCAAACUGUGAGGAAGAGAAACAAAGACAUCCAUAUGCUUUGAUUCCGUUUGGACUUGGACCGCGACAAUCUAUUGGAGUGAAAUUUUCCAUGCGAGAGAUGAAGCUGACGCUAAUUCAUCUCUACCAAAGAUAUUUGUUUAAACAUUCUCCAAGUAUGGAAAGACCCGUUGAUCUGGAGUAUGGAAUCAUUCCCAACUUCAAAUAUGGCGUCAAGUUGAGAGUUAUUAAAAUAAAAAGUUAG